AAGCCCUACAGGACAGGUGUGCCCAAAUAAAGAUGGCCGACUGUUCGUGAGCGUCGUCUGUUGCAAAAUAUAGUAAAAAGUAUGGAUUGGAUCCUUCUAUCGUCCUUGAUCUCCACCAAAACUCAAUGUUAACGAUAACUUAAUACAGUUUCCUCAAUCCCUUGCCAGGAUGGCACUGGGAAUCCUAAGAAGUUCUCUGCUGGUUGCGGUGGUGAUUUCAGUAUGCUGGACAGGCAUUGCUCUUUCGUGUCCAGUGUCUUGUAAUUGUUUCCAGAAUAACUAUGGGACAACUGUUCGCUGUCGAAAUAAAGCUAUCAGUUCCGUGAUCUCAGGCCUUCCAGAAAACACAAAACGUUUGGAGAUUCUUUCAGCUCAAGGUGCAUCAAGUUUGUCGCAGACCACCUUCGACGGAGGCAACAUAAAGAGUGUCACCAGUCUUCUUAUACAGGACAGCAGAAUACAGAGUAUCAACGAUAAUACAUUUUCAAAGUUCACCAACCUGAACAACCUUAACCUCACCCAAAAUAGUAUCAGGUCCAUUACUAAGAAUGCUUUUGCUGGACUCAACCAACUAGCAACACUGGAUCUUUCUUCCAAUGAUUUGCAACAAAUUGAGGAUGAGUUCACUCCCUUGAUCCAGCUUCAGCACUUGGACUUGAGCUUCAAUUCAAUAACUAGUAUCCAGAACGGUGCCUUCAAUGCUCAGGUGAUACUUAACUUUCUUAAACUGGAUUCAAACAAAUUACAAACAGUUCAUGGUCACACAUUUCAGGGCCUAAGAAAUCUCCGCACACUCAAGAUACGAAGCUGUGGUUUACAUUCAUUGGCAUCUGACCUGUUCAAUAUCAUUCGCAUCUUACAGACCUUAGAUAUUGGUGACAAUCUCAUAUAUCAGUUGCCUUCCACUGAUACCUUUCAGCAUAUCCCAUCAACACUGCAGCACUUCAUCGCCGACGGCAACCAAAUAUCUGUCCUUGUCAGGCAUCAGUUCUCACGAUUGAACCUAAAUACUCUAGAUUUAUCUCGUAAUAGAAUCAGUCUGCUAUCUCAUGCAUCGUUUUCCGAGUGUAAUAUACGUAAUUUGUACUUAUCAUCCAACUCAGUAACUUCCAUUGAAGAAAAUGCAUUGGCCUCUCUGGCACCUCAGUUGGAGAGGUUGGUUCUGUCAAAGAAUCCAUUACAAUCCAUACCACUUCAUGUAUUCGACGGUCUAUAUAGACUGAUAUAUCUGAACCUUAGUACAUGUUCACUAACAAAGCUCGAAGACUUACAGUUCCAGUCUUUACAGAGUUUGCGAAGUUUAGAUCUAUCCAUGAAUUCUUUACAGUAUAUACCUAAUGCAGCGGUAAGUAAAUUUGAAAACCUUCAAGAGCUCGGUCUCUAUGGCAACCAGUGGCAUUGUGACUGUCACAUCAGACCUUUAUGGAACUGGUUACAGGGUUUUGUUCAUGGAAUUCUAGUGUGUCCCACUGGACAAAAUAUAGCUAUGCUUAGCAACUGUAAGACUCCAAUGUGUGAAUCACCUUCCGGUGUCAGAAACUUACAAAUAUCCACCCUGUCUGAGGAGGAUAUCCAGGUAUGUCAGGAGUCAGGAGACCAAGAAAACAUGUCCGUGGGAACUAUCAUUGGCCUCGCUCUUGGAAGUAUGGUCGUGGUCAUUUUAUUCGGAAUUCUGGUUGUGUGUAUUUGCCGUCAUCGUCAUGGCCGUCCUUUGCCUGUCAUAUGCACAACAAAUUCGAAUGCUAGCAGCCACAAGGAAGAUCGCGAAAAGUCUACCACUCCAUUCAAGGAUGUGGACAUGGGCUCUUUGAAUGAAUCGGACAAAGAUUUCGUAGUGAAGCGCUAUUUCCGGUCAAUGGAGAACCAGCCAACUAGUGUUGCAUCCUACCGCGGGACUCCAUCGCUGUCACACAAGGAGUUUGAUUUUAACGAAUCCUGUCCCUCUAUUCAUAGUGUAAAUAGUGUGUUUAAUGGCCCUAUAGGAUAUGAGUCGACUGUAUGACACCAAAACUUCUUGAAUGCAAUAUUUACACAUUUACAUAAACCAGCAUCUGGCACAAUCACUGUUCACUCUGUGAAUUUUAUUUUUAUUUUACAUUUUGUGUAACAUUUUCUCAGCAGAUUCAUUUCUUUCCGAUGCUAGAUUUAAAAUGUAAAAAUAUAUCUUAACAUAAAAUCAAAAAUGUAAUUUAUACACAAUUGCUGCUAUCUACAAUACUGUUUUCGUUAAAAGUUAGCUAUAGCUGCUCACAAAAGAGAGCUAGAGUCCAUUUACAUUAUUUCGUUAAAAUUUAAUUGAGUAUAUAUUUUUCAUUACAUUUGUAACAUGUUGAGCUGAAUUCAGCUGACAUGAAUUUCUUAAAAUUUCUGAAAUAUUUUUAAAAAUUAAGUAAGAACAUUAAAAUUGUCACAUUGAUAAGUUUACUUUUUAUAUUUACACAUGAUUAGUACUAUGCACAUGUGUCGUACACACAUAUACCUGUACUCUUGCCAUUUGAUGCAAAUGUGUUUCACUGUAGGGCUUGUGAAGGCCACAAUGUAAACAAGACUUAAUUCCACAUGUCCUACUUACACUAACAAAAGUUAUUUACUUUAAAUUCCCAAGUUGAUCUUUUGAAUAAACAUUUCCUUCCAAUACUGACAAGAAGUUAAAAGUCAGUAAAUGUUU